AUGACAGCUGAGGAAUCUUUGGAUACGUCUAAGGAAAAAUUUCCGAAAGACACGAUUGUGUCUGCUAAUGAUAGUGGAGCUACUGCCGAAGUCGACGACUCCAAGGCUAAGUUUAUUCCUAAUGGCGACAAAGAUGAGCAAGAACAUGUUAUUGUUAAAGUUGGAACGAACGAUUUCAACGGUCUCACCAAGGAAGAACUCAUGAAAUACGCAAACGACCCUUUCUGGGUGCGUACCCGUUUAAUUCUGUUCGUUAUUUUCUGGGUUGGAUGGAUUGCUAUGCUGGUAGCAGCGAUCGUCAUAAUUGUCCUUGCGCCAAGAUGUCCUUACAAACCCGACUUGAAAUGGUACAAUACCGACGUCAUCUACGAAAUAUCGCCUCGGUCUUUUAAGGAUUCUGACAAUGAUGGAAAUGGGGAUCUAAAAGGUAUUCAACAACAAUUUCCCUACCUGGCUUCGAUUGGCGUGAAAACACUGUGGAUCCAUUCUCUUUUCGAUGUGCAGUAUAAAGAUUCCGGAUUCGGUCUUAUUAACCACACGGCCAUUAACCCAACUUAUGGAACAGAAGCCGACAUCACUUCUAUGAUCAAGCAAUUUAAAAAAGAUAACCGGCAUCUGAUUUUAGAUUUUAUUCCUUUCUAUACUCAUGUGAAUCACAGAUGGUUUAAUCAAAGUCGCAGUAGCAAGAAGAGCGAUAAGAUGGCUGACUACUAUAUCUGGAAGAGUAAAAGCGACGUCGACAAUUUGAGUCUAGAGGAGAAGAAAUCGUGGUACCGGGAUUCUACGCGUAAUGAAUAUUACCUGGCUACUCUGGGUGAAUCUUUGCCCAACCUUAAUCUGCAUAAUAAAGAAGUCCGCGACGAACUGGGGGAUAUUCUCAGGUAUUGGUUUGCACGUGGCGUGGCGGGAUUUCACAUAAAUGACCUCGAACAUAUUAUGAACUUAAACACGAGUAUUGCUGAUGCAACGAAAUCACAGAGAGAACAAAUCCUGGAAGCUAUAUACGAGUGGAGAUCAAUUGCCAACCAUUUCUCUGAUAAACCCGGACGAGAACGUCUUCUUUUCUCCACGGUGACAGUCAGCAACUUAAAUGAUACCAUGACUUAUUAUGGAGAUGAAAAUAAGAAUGGGCUCAAUUUUGUUGCGGCUGCCAAUUUAGAAGAUAUCACUAAACAAAACUCGCCCUCCUCCAUUAUGGACAUAGUCGACACUGUCUUGGAUGGAACCGAUACAGAUUGGAGGGGUUGGCUCCUGGGUGAUCAAGACCAUAGUCGUCUCAUGUCACGAGUGGAAAAUCCAGAUUUCUUGAAAUCUGUAAUGACACUUCAAAUGCUCCUACCCGGAACAGCUUUCUGUUACUAUGGAGACGAAAUCGGAAUGCAGAAUACACCUUUAGUAAACUUAACAGACUCUUUGCAAAAAGCUGAUGCAAAUAACCCUGUAAUUGAUCUUUAUCGCUACAGAAGCCCAAUGUUAUGGAAUAAUGAGAAAAACGCCGGUUUCAGUAAGGCCACACCCUGGCUUCUACCCAAGAGAGGCCUUAUUAGUGUAGCCUCCCAGAGGGCGUACAACAACAGAAAUCCUUACCCACCGCUAAAAGCAUUCAGUGACCUCAAUGAACUUAGAUCAAACUAUUCAUUCCAGUGGGGAUCUUUUGUGCCGUCGGUGACGAAUGACAAUAUUUUCUCGUUCGUUAGAGAAGCAACCGGCUUUCAUGGCUAUUUGGUGGCCAUUAAUUUUGAUAACAAACAACACACUGCCAGAUUCAACAACCACCCGUCUGGUAGUGUGCCCGACAAAGUCGAAGUUGUCUUCCACAGCAUGCGACAUGGUCACGAGUUCAAACCAGGCGCGGUGCUCAAUUUAGUCAAGGCACCAAUCACUCUACAAAGUUUUGAAGCUGCAGUCUUCAAAUUCUUGUGGUUUAUUUUUUUUUUUAAAACCUUAAAACGAAAUGAAUCUCUAUUCAGCGUACAGUUUAGUGUCAAUGCUGAAUGGAAUUCAUCUUCACAGCAGAGCUACAGCGAUAAAAAUGGACCAUACUUUAAUUAUGGCAAUGAAAAAAGGCCAUAUAAUGGUUGGGGACAAAAGACUGAUCCUGAAUUAAAUGUUGAUGAAGUCAUUGCUGACCACUCCUUUACUGUGAUUGACCAUUACAAUUCUGAUUUGAACCUGAUAAUUGACCCUGAUGGGUAUGGAGCUUAUUCUUUAACUGAACCUGAAGGAUUUUGUUUUUGUUGGGCAGGAGCACGAGCCACUUAUGGCGUGACUCGUGGUAAAGUUUUUUUUGAAGUUCAUAUAACGGAAAAUCUCCCUGUGGUCUAUGGAGAUAACCAUCAAGAGGCAGAUCCUCACGUGGUGAGAUUGGGGUGGUCAGUUGACAGUUGUUGCUUCCAGUUAGGUGAAUCUGAAAAUUCUUUUGGCUAUGGUGGAACUGGAAAAUUCUCUGUAGCCUUAAAGUUUUCUGACUAUGGUGAACGUUUUGGAGUUGGUGAUGUCAUUGGUUCUCUCUUGGAUCUCCAAUCUCAUCCUCCGACCAUUUCUUUUACCAAAAAUGGUCAUUGGUUUGGAACUGCCUAUACCUUACACAACUACCCUGUUGGUGUAAAAUCCAAAGCUCUCUUCCCACAUAUACUCACCAAAAAUUGUCGGUUCAAAGUGAAUUUUGGUCAAACUGAUGCCUGGUUUGCACCUCCACCUGGCUUUGUUUAUAUUGAUCAUGUCCCUCUGGAUGACCGGGUCCGUGGACUCACAGGGCCUUCCAAGAAAGCAGACUGUGAGAUGAAUAUGAUUGUUGGACUGCCAGGAGUAGGCAAAACAACAUAUGGACAAAAGAAGCAGAAAGAUAACACUGAAAAACGGUACAACAUAAUUGGGACGGACACACUCAUUGACAAAAUGCGGGUGAUGGGAUUGCCCAGAAAACGAAACUACCACGGCCGAUGGGAAGUGCUCAUUGACAAGGCGUCAAAAUGUCUCAAGAAAUUGUUCCAAAUUGCUUCUCGACGUAAGCGUAACUACAUCCUCGAUCAGACAAAUGUCUAUGCUUCAGCCCGAAGAAACAAAAUGAAGCAUUUUGAAGGUUUCCAGAGAAUCGCUUGGGUCAUUGUGCCAGAACACAAUGAGUUUGAGCGACGGUCAUUAAAACGAACAGUUGAAGACGGCAAAAUUGUUCCUGUCGAAGCUGUCCUUGAGAUGAAAGCCAAUUUUAAAUUGCCUGUUGAUGGUGUGGAUCCAUUUGACAAGAUAGAAUUUGUGGAGCUGCAUAGAGACACUGCUUCAGUCCUUGUAGACAGUUAUGUCAAGGAAGGAAUUGAGAAACGUCCUCCACGGGAAGUGGUAUUCCGUCAUGACAAGAAAUUCCAGCAACAUAACAUGCCAUCCCAAGCAUGUAUCCAACAACCAGCCCAAAACAAAGUAUCUGAUUCCAUAGCAGCGGUUAUGGCAGCAGUAAGGGAUGCUAUUAAUUAUCCAGGGAUCAAGGUUGAGCCAGGUACAGUGAAAGUUGAACCCGGUAUCCCAACUAACCCUUGUACUUUGGCUGCACCGGUAGUGACGUCAAAUCCAGACCUGUACAUUUCUCAUGUUGCAGUAGGCCAAAAUACAGCAACUGCAGUGAAGAGUGAACCUACCAUCAGCAGCAGCAACACGACAGACAGCAUAAUGUCCGCAGAUAGCCAGAGAAGAGAAAAAGAAACCAAUAAUGAUAAUACUACCACAGCUACUACAAGUAGAAGCAGUUCUUCGACAACUGAGAAGAAGACAGAUCAUCGUGAAGAAAGCAGAAGACAUGACAGGAGAGAUGAACAUCGUCACAGGAGUCGGAGCCGAAGCAGGAGUUGCAGUCGGAGUAGUAGUCGUUAUAGUGAUAGAAACCGGCAUGAAUAUCGGCAUCGCAGUGAGAGGGAGAGACGAGAUAGGCACCGAAGUGAUAGAGACAGAUAUAGAGAGAGGGAACGUGACAGGGACCGACACAGAAGCCAUUAUAGAAGUGACAGUCAUGGGAGAAGGCGGGGUUCAGAUGGCAGGUAUAGGGAUCAUAGGGAUGACCGAGACAGUAGUUACCAUAGUGAUAGCAAUAGUCGUCAUAGUGACUACAGAUAUUCUGAGAGCCAGUCUCAGAAUCCCAAAGAAUCUACUUCAACCAGUAAGCCUCCUUCCCCUUCUAAUUACCAAUCUUCCCAAAAACCAGAUGAAGGAGGUUCUCAGGAAUCGAAUUGGCCACAGACUUCUACUGCGAGCUUCACUGGACAGCAGUGUUUAGGUGUUAGCAGUGAUUAUGAAAGCAAAGAUGUAGACCGGAGACAAAUUGCCAAUCCAUUUGAUUCUCUAAGUCGUCAAGAUAAAUCUAAUUUUAGUGAGUUGUUUGGCAGCCAUGAUGUAGACUACAGGAUGCUUCCGUGUUCUGGUGGCAACUCUAAUGCCACUGAUAAGUCUCAGGUAUUUACUAUCCAAGAUGAUGUAAAACCAAGCAGUUACAAAGUUCAUCAUCCUCCAAAUCAUCCAGCUGAAUCAACUCCCUACAGUCAGUCUCAACUACUUGGUUUUUCUCAGGUGUCACAACAACUGCCAUUCUCAAGAUCUGUUCAGCUGCCUCGGCCGCCAAUGCCCAUAUCUGGUCCCAGUUACCCUCAUCCGCCUAAUCCUGGCUACUAUGAGGCGAAAAAUCCUAAUAAGUUCAAUAACCCAAAUUACUAUUCAUCACCAUAUCCAGAGAGAAAGGAUUUUGAACAGAAUCGUUUCACUUCAGCAAAUCCCAGUUAUGCUCCUAUGCCCUAUGUCGAGUGUUCAACACUGGCUCCAGAUAGUAACAGAAGCUAUCCACCUGAGAAAGAUGAUAGAAAGAAUUUCAAUCAAAAUUAUCCAAGUGCAAUAAACCAGUCUAAGAGCUCUGAGAAUCAGUACGGCUACCCUUCCUCUGAUGAAAGGAUCAAACAAGACUUGGAUACUCGGACAGGCUAUUCUUCACUAAAGACUUCACCCGGACUUACCUCCCACCCAGUUAGCCCCCAGCCAAUGACAUCUUUAUAUUUGCCCUACUCUUUAAACAAAUCUCCUCUUCCUCAACCAGAGACACUUGCUGCUGACUUUCCUUCUGGUAAAGACAGUGAUUUCCGAUUCAAGACUGGCACGGGGAAUAAAAAUGAAACUUUGGCGCCAAACAAAGACAAUAAUAAUCCAAAUGAUUCUGUCUUGGAGAUUAAGACCUUUUCCUCCAUGCCAAAACAGGAGGUAGCCUCGUCUCCUAAUAAUGGUUCCUCUGCAAGCAAAUCAUUCACUCAAUCAGCCACUAUUCAGUUACCAGAAAGCUUCACACAAGACGCCUACAAUAAACAGAGUGGGUCAGUUCCUAAAAAUGAUUAUGGCUCCUCCCAAAGGUGGGGCGUUGGUGAUAAAGGUCAAGAUGGCAGGUCCUCGUCUUUUUCUGCAAACACAAGAGACAUUCCACAACCAACACUCCAGCAGCAGCAGGGUCAGUGGUCUGAGAGGGACAGCAUGAAUCUUGGAAUGCCACCACCCCCACCAAACGGUCCUCCAGCACAUUUUGGUAUGAUGUUUCUUCCAAAUUAUUCUGGCUAUUCAGGCUACCCAAAUAUGCCACCUGACAUGGGUAGAAGAUACCCGUUCUAA